AUGCUCAGGAGGCCUCUACCCUAUCGUAUCGCUUUACGACGGUGUUACCGGCCGGUCGCCUCCACUUCCUCGACCGCCGUCCGGAGUGGGCGCCUGAGAACCUCACAAGGUCGAAUGGGAGGGCCGUUCGGCCCGGUUCAACGAACAGCCAAGAAAGCAGUUGUGGGUUCCGCCAUUUGUCUGCGUCAGCUCCCCGUUUCCGCGAGCGUGAUUCCGCCUCGCGAACGGGAAAAGGGGCAGAGCGGCCAAGGUCCGCGUGUCCUUGAGACGGUCCAAGAUUUUCUACACUACAGACCGACUUGUCGAAUGAAGACGCAGGCAGGCACUAUUGCCACACGCAGAGGCCCACACCAGAGGUUGACCUUAAAGAAAACCUACCGAGGCGACACCGCAAAUAGGUAA